AUGGCAGCCCUUAAUAAAAGGUUUAUAAUGAAGAGCAUCAAGGACCCAGGUUCAGUUCCAAGAGAGGUAAGCAGACAGCGUUCCGACCCACGGAGACCCAACGAAGUGCUGAGGUAUAAGCCUCUGCUGAGCGAGUGCAACCCAGCUUUGGACGACCCGACCCCGGACUACGUGCAUCUCCUCGGCAUGACCUUUAGCUUGUGCGGCCUCAUGCUUAAGCUGAAAUGGGGUGCUUGGGUGGCUGUCUACUGUUCCUUUAUCAGCUUUGCCAACUCCCGGAGCUCGGAGGACAGCAAGCAGAUGAUGAGAAGCAUCAUGCUCUCGAUCUCUGCCGUGGUGAUGUCCUAUCUGCAGAAUCCUCAGCCCAUGAUGCCCCCGUGGUGAUGUCACCUGCAGGGCUUGGAUCCUGGACUCCUGCCCACCUCCUGGCCUAGCCUUUGGCUGCUUCCAACCUACCCGUAGCUGCUGUCCUUCAACUUAAUGGAGGGAAAUUGGCCCUUUCUUUGGGUCCUGCUUCUGCUUUG